GGGCACUCUGGCAGCUGGGUGAAGGCCCAUCUGGGCGAGCCUCCCUCAGCGGCCCCACGGCAGGCCUGCCCCCUUCACUUUCAGGUUUCUCAAAGUGCCUUCCUGCUCCUGUCUGCUUCCCCAUCCUGCCAGGUUUCCAUCUUCCUGUUUCCCUCCCUGGGCUGGUGGCAGUGGGGGGCUGUGCCCAGUGGGCCCCGUGGAGAUGCUCAGUGCCUGGGAUCGCCGGGACCGGCCCCCUGAAGAGGGGGCAGCUGCAGGGCUCCAGGGCUUCGCUGUGGACAAGACCUUCCUCUCCUCUCUCAAAGGCAUCCUGCUGGAAACUGAGCUGGCCCUGACCUUCAUCAUCUUCAUCUGCUUCACGGCCUCCAUCUCUGCCUACAUGGCCGCAGCGCUGCUGGAGUUCUUCAUCACGCUCGCCUUCCUCUUCCUCUACGCCACCCAGUACUACCAGCGCUUUGAUCGGCUGAACUGGCCCUGUCUGGACUUCCUCCGCUGUGUCAGCGCCAUCAUCAUCUUCCUGGUGGUCUCCUUUGCGGCCGUGACCUCCAGGGAUGGAGCUGCCAUUGCUGCUUUUGUUUUUGGCAUCAUCCUAGUUUCCGUCUUUGCCUAUGAUGCUUUCAAGAUCUACCGGACUGAGAUAGCACCCAGGGCCACCCAGGGGGACCAGCAGUGACCCUGGGGCUACCCGGCUUCUGGACUCAGCCAAAUCAAGGAGACAGUGGAGCCCAGAUACAUCUCCUUUGGAUUCAGCAGCUGCCCCAGCCCACUGCCCCUUACCCCAGGCCUACAGAGUUGGAGCCUGGCCUGAGAAGUCACCGGGGACUUGUCUCUGGGGCCUGGUGUCUGCCAUCUUGCUCCUGAUGAAGCUCAGCCAGGGAGCGGGUGUUACGGAGGGAGGAGGAUACAGGAGGAAGCUGGUCAUUCCCAAAUUAAAAGAUUCGA